AUGGGAUGUCCGACCAACCGGAGUGAAGUCCUCUACUACCUAGGAAGGAUCUUUGAUUCUUCCAUUGCCCGUGAUGACGCUGACAUGAGACCUCCCAGGUUCGAAAAAUCUCUCUACGACCUCAUCAGAGGUCUGCGAAACAAUAGGGGCAAUGAGGUCGAGUAUAUUCAAAACAGCCUUAAAGAAUGCAAGGUUGAAAUUAAGUCACAGGACAUGGACAAAAAGACGACCGCUCUAUUGAAACUCAUAUACCUCGAAAUGUUCGGAUACGACAUGUCUUGGGCGUCGUUUCAUGUUCUUGAAGUUAUGUCUUCUGCCAAAUACUUACAGAAAAGGGUUGGCUAUCUGGCGGCAGCACAAAGUUUUCGAGCAGAUACAGAGGUAUUGAUGUUGGCAACAAAUCUUCUGAAGAAGGACAUUGUUUCUUCUUCUGUGCUAAAUCUUUCACUGCCCCUUGCAACACUGCCGCACAUUAUCACGCCUUCUCUUGCCAUGUCCUUACUUUCAGAUCUUCUACCGCGCCUCUCACACUCGAAUGCAACCGUUCGAAAGAAAACGGUCGUCAGUCUCUAUAGGCUUGCUUUAGUUUACCCUGAAGCAUUGAGGCUGGCAUGGCCAAAAAUUAAAGAACGUUUAAUGGACUCCCACGAAGACAGCAGUGUCACAGCUGCUGUCAUCAAUGUUGUAUGUGAACUCGGUUGGAGAAGGCCGCGUGACUUCCUCCCUCUGGCACCCAGGUUUUUCGAAUUACUUGUUGAUGGUGGCAACAACUGGAUGGCUAUUAAAAUAAUAAAACUUUUUGCUACUCUGACGCCCUUAGAACCCCGUUUGGUUCGGAAGCUCCUUCGUCCUUUAACAAAUAUCAUCCAAACAACCACUGCUAUGUCUUUACUCUAUGAAUGUAUCAAUGGUAUCAUUCAAGGAGGAAUUCUUGACGAAGCUGAAGGCAUUCAAGAAGGGGAUGAAGUUGCAAGCCUUUGUGUAGCGAAGCUGAGAGGCAUGAUAGCCAUGGAUGCUGAUCCAAAUCUAAAGUACGUGGCACUUCUUGCGUUCAACAGAAUUGUCCUAUCGCACCCAGCGCUAGUGGCAAUGCAGCAAGACGUGAUCAUGGACUGUCUAGAUGACCCCGAUAUCUCUAUUCGCCUACAAGCUCUCGAACUGGCUGUACAGAUGGUCUCUAGUGAGACCCUGCAACUCGUUGUCGAUCGUCUUAUUGCGCAACUUCAGCAUUCCUCCGUUCUUGACUCAAAUUCUGUCGCUAAUCCGAUACCUGUGGAGGGUUUGAAAUCGUCGGCCGAUGUUGACUAUGAUGGCAUGGGGGAAGCAUUAGAGCCCCAUGAACGAAAAAUCCAUCAUACACCCCCUUUACCUAAUGAGUAUAGGAACGAAGUUAUCCACAAAAUCCUCGACAUUUGUUCGCAUGAUAACUACUCAGAUAUAGUGGACUUUGAGUGGUAUGUGAACAUUUUGAUACAGUUGGUGAGACUUGUACCUCCAUCGAAUACUGGGAGUUUCUCCGAUUUGGAUCAGCAGCUAUCGGGCCAAGUUGCGCGCGAGGCGGACAUUGCCUCAAGAAUCGGGGCGGAAAUCCGCAAUGUGGCGGUUCGUGUGAAAUCUGUCCGGUUAGAAGCAACAAGGGCGGCAGAGUCAUUCCUUUCUAUUGACGACCACGCCAAUCCUUUGUCCAUGAUGAGUUCUUCCAGAGCUGGCAUUCUUGGGCCAGCAGCAUGGGUGGUGGGAGAGUAUGCGGAAUUUCUUGCAUUUCCGGAUCGUACGCUGCAUACCUUGAUCGCUACAAAUAACAUAUCUCUUCCCGGCAGAACGCUGUCACUUUAUCUUCAAGCGAUACCCAAGGUCUUCUUGCAUCUGAUUUCCGGUUGCCAUGACUGGAAUGCAGCACGCCUAAAUGAAUGUUCUCUUUUACUUACGCGGGUUAUUAGCUUUCUUGAGGCGUUGGCGACUCAUCCUGAUCUGGAUGUGCAAGAACGAACGAUUGAGUUUCUCGAACUUCUGCGCCUAACGAAAGAAGCAAUAAACCCCCGGUCUUCUGAAUUUCGACAACUGCCGUUUUUACUUACAUCUGUGAUCCCCAGUCUCUUUUCUGGGCUGGAGCUGAAUCCUGUUGCUAUAAAUGCACAAAAGAAAGUUCCUUUGCCCGAGAAUCUUGAUCUGAAUCAAGCUAUGAAUGAUAAGCUCCAGAUAACCCUCAAUGCCCCGAACAGUUCCUGGCUUGAUGUUGGUGAUCACCAAAACUUUCAAGACUUUUACUAUAUUCGAGAUAGCUCGGCGGUUAGCAGUCAGCGUGAAGCCUCACUGAAAUCAGAACAGCGUGCACAGUCAUAUCAAGACACCUUUGAAAACUCACCUCAAGAGCCCGGCAGUAUUGCAAAACGGGGGGUAGAACGAAGGGACCGCAAUAGAGAUGAUCCUUUCUACAUUGGGAAUGAUGAGGAGUCAUCGGGCAGGUCUACACCUUUACACCAAGUUUUCACUGCCUCGAAUGGUGAGGAACUUGACAUUGAUUCAAUACCCAUUAUCGAUUUGGCCAUCGACAGUGAGCAAAAAGGUUUUUCCAUAUUCAUUGAAGAUGGGCGGACGGAAAAGAAGCACCGGUCGCGUUCAGAAAGGGUUGAGAUAGCUACUGACGAGACAUUCGGAAUCGAUGGAUCCCCCCCAACAGCGACCAGGAGUCGAGAGAUCGACGACAUAGGCAAACCCAAACGAAGUCUUCUGCAGGUCGAUUCAAGCCGGAUUGGGCACUUUUCACUCAACGAGUCUGAUCAAUUAGAACCAAUGACUGCCCAAGAACCUGGAAAGGAAGAGGACGAUGCUGAGAUGAUGAGGGCAAUGCAGGAAGUGGAACGGCUCCGGCUCGAAAUGCAAAGAGCAUCGGAGCGCAUUAAUGCCCGUGGCAUACCGGCUGACGGAACUCUGGUAAAGAAAAAAGGGAAAAAGAAGAAAAAACAGACAUCUAACACACAAUCUCAAUAUCGAGAUGAGGCUUUACGGGUUGAUGAUGAUGAUAUAGCUGGCAAGAGCAGCUUGGGGCAAGGCAAGGAUCCAAAACUUAUCAGUCCUAGGAAGAAGAGAAAAAAGCAUCCAAAGCGAAUAGCCAGUGAUGCAUGA